GCAGUGGCCGGCAGGUGGCAGGCAGGUGGCCUGAGGUCGAGCUCCACACGGCGCAGUCGCGCUAAUGGUGUGUGAACUGACGGAUCAGGUAAGCGCUGUUAAGUCAGCCUGUCUGCGACGCCACAACAGGUGAAUGAAUGUCCGCGACCGAGGCUACUGCAGGGACUGAGUGUCAGACAUGUUGUCAGGGGAGGAAAUCUUAUGCAGCACCCAGCAGGUGAUCGCAGGGCUGGAGGCUCUACGUGGAGAGAACCGCACGCUGCUGGACAGCAUGCAGGAAACGCUCCAGAGCCAGACAUCCAGCGAGAGCGGCAGCCUGGAGCAGGAGAAGACCAACAUUAUUUUAGAGUCUCUGGAGAGGAUUGAACUGGGCCUAGGAGAGGCGCAAGUGAUGAUGGCACUGUCAGCACACCUGGGCUCCUUGGAGGCAGAGAAGCAGAAGUUGCGUGCUCAGGUGCGGAGGUUGUGCCAGGAGAACCAGUGGCUGAGGGACGAGCUGGCCCGAGCCCAGCAGCAGCUACAGGAGCGGGAACAGGAAGUGGUUACUUUAGAGGAGCAGAACAGACACCUGCAGUUCAUGAGCAGCAUCCGCAAGUACGACCACGAAGAACCGCCUAUGGAGGAUAAAGAUUCUAAUUCAGGGAAGGAGUCCCUUGAUGAUCUCUUUCCUAGUGAAGAAGAGGAGCAAUCACACAUGUCUCAGCCGCACAGUAGUGCCGCCGCUGCUGCCCAGCAGGGAGGAUAUGAGAUCCCUGCCCGACUCCGAACUCUCCACAACCUGGUGAUCCAGUACGCCUCUCAGGGCCGCUAUGAGGUGGCCGUGCCACUCUGCAAGCAAGCUCUGGAGGACCUGGAGAAAUCCUCGGGCCACAGCCACCCGGAUGUUGCUACCAUGCUCAAUAUUCUGGCUUUAGUGUACAGGGAUCAGAACAAAUACAAGGAAGCUGCCAAUCUUCUUAAUGAUGCAUUGGCCAUCCGUGAGAAGACACUAGGCAUGGACCAUCCAGCAGUGGCAGCUACUCUGAAUAAUCUGGCUGUGUUGUAUGGAAAAAGGGGGAAGUAUAAAGAGGCAGAGCCGCUGUGUAAAAGAGCUCUGGAGAUCAGAGAAAAGGUGCUUGGGACAGAUCACCCUGAUGUAGCCAAACAGCUGAAUAACUUAGCCCUCCUAUGCCAGAACCAGGGCAAAUACCAGGAGGUGGAGCAGUACUAUGAACGUGCGUUGCACAUUUACCAGAGCCAGCUGGGUCCAGACGAUGCCAACGUGGCCAAGACCAAGAAUAACCUGGCCUCCUGUUACCUCAAGCAGGGCAAGUAUAGACAAGCUGAGGCUCUUUAUAAAGAGAUUCUGACUCGUGCUCAUGAGAAGGAGUUUGGCUCAGUGGAGGGGGAUGGACAGCCAGUUUGGAUACAUACAGAGGAGGGAAGCUCAAGACAGGAUGGUCUGGGAAGUCUGAAGCGCAGUGGGUCGUUUACCAAGCUCCGGGAAUCCAUAAGACGAAGCAGCGAAAAACUUGUUCGGAAACUGAAAGGAGUUGGAACAGAGGAAACAGCUCCUCGAGCUGCUGGGAUGAAGAGAGCCAAUUCUCUAAAUGUGCUUAAUGUGGGUCUAAAAGAGAGUCAAGAGGCUGCUAUGAAGCCCAAGAGGCUGACAGACGCACGAGGUCUGAGUUCCAGCACACAGAGUUUAGCCCGCCGCGCGUCUCUAAGCGGUGAGACGGCUAACUUUCAGACAAGCCAUAUGACAUCAGGACUCUGGGGCAAUGCUGAGAUGUCAACCUCACAUCUGACUGGUCUGUAA